GCUGAGCAUCUGGCCCUGGCGGGACCGGGAGGGGACGCCCUCAGCGGCCGCGCCGAAGAAGAGCUGUGCCUUGGUGUCCCCUCCUGUCAAACGCCGGGCCGGGAACGUGGAUCUCCGCGGUUGCCUUCGGCCCCGAGGUUUUCCGAGUGUGUCGGUGAAGUCGAAGAGGAAGAAGCAGACUCUUGGGAUGGGGAGAGCCCUCACCUGGGGACGCAGGAGCGAGUGUCUGAGCCAGACACCUAUUAACGUCUUCUGUAUUUUGUGCACAUCGCAAGCCUCUCGGAGACUCGGUUUCUCCAUCUUUAAAGUAAAGGUGAUAAGCUCUGCGCUGCCUCCCGCGUAGGACUACCGUGAAGAACAGACGGAAAGCCAUUUAAAGAGCCAGAACUCUCGAGUCCGGUAGACUUGGGUUCAGGUCCUAGUUCUGCCACUUACUAGCUGUGUGACCUUGAGCCGGAUAGAACCCUCAUCUGUUAAAAGGAAGAUGAUAAUAGUACUUAGCUCCUGAGGUUGCUGUGAGGAUUAAGUGUAAAGGGUUUAGCACAGUGUCCAGUGCAGAAAUGCACAAUAGAGAGUGCUGUUACUAUAAUUAUUAUUAAAUUAGUAAGCUAGAGAGUGCCUCACAUGAGGGGUGUUUAGAAUAACCACACUUCAGUUUCUAUAUAUUCAGUCCUAAAAAGAGUUCUGUUUUGGUUUCCUAAGAAAGCGGCCAGUGGGACGCUGUCUCUUUUUUCUUUCUGGGCCCCCCUUUGCCUUCUCAUUUACAAUUGGCAUGUGAACCUGCUGUUCCUACCAAAUGAGUCAAGCAGGAUGGGAACAUUAGUGUACUCGAGCAGAUGGGUAUCAGAUUCCCUCUAAGGGGAAAGAAGAGUGCCAGGCAUGUGCUGCCACCAAAAAAAAGCACAGUACAGUGAUCAACUGUCAGAGCUGGAAGAUGCCUGGGAAGCCGUCUAGCCAGCUGUCUCCUUUUGCAAAGGGAGAAACUGGACCCAGAAUGAGGAUGGGACUGAGAUUUUCUCAGGACCCAACAGAAUGCUGGCACUGGGUAGUGGAAAGAACACACACUGCUUACCAGACACUGCUUUCUCUGAGUUCUAACCUAAUUCUUCAUUUAUUCAGUGACCAUGGAGGCAGGUGGCCUCCCCCUGGAGCUGUGGCGCAUGAUCUUAGCCUACCUGCACCUUCCAGACCUGGGCCGCUGCAGCCUGGUGUGCAGGGCCUGGUAUGAACUGAUCCUCAGUCUCGACAGCACCCACUGGCGGCAGCUGUGUCUGGGCUGCAUCGAGUGCCGCCACCCCAACUGGCCCAACCAGCCUGAUGUGGAGCCUGAGUCUUGGAGGGAGGCCUUCAAGCAGCAUUACCUUGCCUCCAAGACGUGGACCAAGAACGCCUUGGACUUGGAGUCCUCCGUCUGCUUCUCCCUAUUUCGCCGGAGGAGGGAACGCCGUACCCUGAGUGUCGGGCCGGGCCAUGAGUUUGACAGCCUGGGCAGUGCCUUGGCCAUGGCCAGCCUGUAUGACCGAAUCGUGCUGUUCCCAGGUGUGUACGAAGAGCAAGGCGAGAUCGUCCUGAAGGUGCCCGUGGAGAUUGUAGGCCACGGGAAGUUGGGUGAAGUGGCCCUGCUAGCCAGCAUUGAUCAGCACUGCUCAACCACACGCCUGUGCAACCUCGUCUUCAUGCCGGCCUGGUUCUCACCCUUCAUGUUUAAGACAACAUCAGGUCAUGUCCAGUUUGACAACUGCAACUUUGAGAAUGGGCACAUUCAGAUCCACGGCCCGGGCACCUGCCAAGUAAAGUUUUGCACCUUCAAAAACACUCAUGUCUUCCUGCACAACGUGCCCCUGUGUGUCCUAGAAAACUGUGAAUUUGUGGGCAGUGAAAACAACUCUGUGACUGUUGAGGGCCACCCAUCCGCAGACAAGAACUGGGCCUACAAGUAUCUCCUAGGGCUUAUCAAGUCCUCUCCCAGUGUGCUCCCCACGGAGGACUCUGACUCUUUAAUGUCCCUGGACCUGGAAAGCAGGGACCAGGCCUGGAGCCCAAGGACCUGUGACAUUGUCAUUGAGGGCAGCCAGAGCCCUACCAGCCCAGCCUCUAGCUCCCCAAAGCCAGGCUCCAAGACUGGCUCACAGGAGGCAGAGGUGGGCAGCGAUGGGGAAAGGGUGGCCCAGACCCCAGAUAGCAGCGAUGGAGGACUGAGUCCCGGUGGUGAGGAUGAGGACGAGGACCAGCUCACGUACAGACUGUCCUACCAAGUGCAGGGCCCGCGGCCUGUCCUGGGGGGCUCCUUUCUGGGCCCACCACUGCCGGGAGCAUCCAUUCAGCUGCCCAGCUGCCUCGUGCUGAACUCACUGCAGCAGGAGCUACAGAGGGACAAGGAGGCCAUGGCGCUGGCCAGCUCCAUUCAGGGCUGCCUCAUCCGCAAGUGCCUCUUCCGGGAUGGGAAGGGAGGCGUCUUCGUUUGCUCCUACGGCCGAGCCAAGAUGGAGGGAAACAUCUUCCGGAACCUGACUUACGCAGUGCGCUGCAUACAUAAUAGCAAGAUCGUGAUGCUCAGGAACGAUGUUCACCGCUGCAGGGCAGCAGGCAUCUUCCUUCGCUUGGAGGGCGGAGGCCUGAUCGCCGGCAACAACAUCUACCACAAUGCGGAGGCUGGCGUGGACAUCCGGAAGAAGGCCAACCCACUCAUACUGUGUAACCAGAUCCACCAUGGCCUUCGCUCUGGCAUUGUCGUCCUUGGCAAUGGGAAAGGCAUCAUCCGGAACAAUCAAAUCUUUUCGAAUAAGGAGGCUGGCAUUUAUAUCCUGUACCACGGAAAUCCAGUCGUGAGUGGGAACCACAUUUUCAAGGGCCGUGCAGCUGGCAUAGCAGUGAACGAGAACGGCAAAGGCCUCAUCACAGAAAAUGUCAUCCGUGAGAAUCAGUGGGGAGGCGUAGACAUCCGCCGCGGAGGCGUCCCCGUCCUCAGGAGCAACCUCAUCUGCUUUGGCUAUUCAGAUGGCGUGGUCGUGGGAGACGAAGGCAGAGGGCUGAUAGAGGGCAACACCAUCUACGCUAAUAAGGGCUGUGGUGUGUGGAUGAUGUCGUCCAGCCUGCCCCACGUCACCAGCAACCACAUCAGCUACAAUGGCCUGUACGGAGUGGCAGUGUUUAGCCAGAAGGAAGGUUCCGGUGAGUUCCCUGGAGGCCACGGGGUCCAGGAGAACUUUAGCGAGGACGGGGACGCCAUCCUCUGGGAGACAGAGCUGGAGAAGGACGACGACCCGCUGCGCCGGCCCGUCACCACAGCUCUGGUCGAGUCGAACAGCAUUAAUCACAAUGGAGCCUCGGGACUCUACGUCCAGAGCAGUGAGGCGCUGCAUGUUGUAACCAACGUGAUCCACGCGAAUGGGGACAGAGGCAUCACAGUGGCCCAGAGCAGCCAGCUCACCCGUGUGGCCAACAACAGCAUCUCCUGCAACCGCCAGAGUGGGGUCAAGGUGGAGGCCCAGUGCAAGGUGGAGCUCCGGGGCAAUGGCAUCUAUGACAACAGAGGCCAUGGCAUCAUCACCAAGGGUGACAGCACCGUCGUCGUUGAAAACGACAUCAUUGGCAACCGGGGCAGUGGGCUGCAGCUGCUGCCCAGGUCCGACACUAAGGUAAUAAAGAACCGGAUCCAUUCAUUCCGGGCCUAUGGCAUCGCAGUGCGGGGCCGUGCCAAGGCCCUGGUGCAGGAGAACAUCAUCUUCCAGGGCAAGACCAACAAGACCAUCUUCCAGCAGAUCUCCAACAACCGAGAAUGCAUCAUGCAGAACAACAAGGUCCUAGUCUUCAAGAAAAAGUGUGAUACGUGGCGCCUGGUGAACCCACCAGCACGGCCUCACCUUGAAAACUCUCUCCGAGGCCCUUCUGCAGCCCACAGUGGGCAGAAGGUGACAGCCAUGGCAAGCAGGAUCACAGCCCAUGUGGAAGGUGGUUACCACAGCAACCGCAGCAUCUUCUGCACUAUCCUGUAAGGAUGGAGAGCCACAGAGUGGGGCAACUGAGAGGGUGUCCGAAGACUCUGGGAGCAGCAACCACAUACGCUGCUCAAAGGCUCGGGCCCUGACAGGUGCUCAGCUGGGCUAAGAGGUGAGGCCUUCGGGAUGGAAGUAGUGCCUGUGAAGCCUCCAGGCCCCUCUCCAUCUUCUUACUCACCACCCCCUGAAAAAACAGGCUCCCAGGCCUCCUGGGGACUAAGAACAAGGUACCUCUAAAACCCUUCGGCUCCACAACCCUCCACAGGAAGGAACUUGGAGUUAUUUUUCAAGAAGAAAAAGGCACAGAAGUUGGUGGGUUUCCACUAACUCAAGCUCUUGUAGAGAUUAUGAAGAGUUGGGGGAAAUCAACACUGCACCGUUCGCCAGGGUGUUCCAUGUGAGUUACAGGGAACUGCGUUUCACACACACCAAACCCAGCCUCCUCUCAGGGAAGAGCAGAUUUACUCCUAAGGGAGGGCCCCAGAAUUUUCCCCUUUCCCAGACCUCUCGCGAUCCCUCCAGGGACACGGCCACACCCUCCCAGCUGCCUGCAGAGGCUGGAGGAGUUUGCUUUCCUUAGGACACAGUUCUCAGAUUUGGACAUGGACCUGUGAGGGAGGAAGGGGCUUGGGACUGGGAGCCCCUCUUGAAAGGCUGCCCCAGGGACAAGGGAUGCUGAAAACAGGAGGGGCAUGUGGAGGCUUCCUUCCAGUGGCUCAGGUGCCAGGCUGGGCAGUGCAGGGAUGCAUGUGACUUUGCCCUCAAUAAGCUCCCAGACUCAGGAGGACACUAGGUCGGUGCCUGCCGCCCCAGGAUUCAGAUCCCACGAGCACACCCACACCAGCUGCCCCUAGAGAUGGAGGUGCUGGGGCCUCUCGUCUGUAUCCAUGUUCCUCACGGAUAACCACCUGCCUUCACUGACCCUGCCGUGGUUUCCCACUCUGUGCCUUGGCUCACGCUCUUGCCUCUUCCUGGCAUGCCCUUCUCGCCAUCCACCCAUGUCCAGGUCCCCCCAUUCUGCAGGGUUUAGCUCAGACACUGCCAUCUCCACAAAGCACUCCCCUCCUGCCAGGUGACAAUGCUCUUCCCGAGCCUCCUCUGCCCUUUCUCCGCCCCCUCUCAGGGUAGUUUCUGCCUUGCUCUGGAGCUAUCCAGGUCCAUCCCCCGUCCCACUCACCUGCCUGUGAGCACCCUGAGGCCACGUCUCACUGUGUCCCCAGCACCCAGCCCGGGUACGGUUAGCUGGAGUGAGGAGGAAGGCUGGCUCCAAAAGGGCUUUACUGAACUGUACUGUGAAUAUGUCAAGGUUGCAGAACCGGGUGGGCUCAGACCAACUGCUUGAGGAAGGGGGACUGAUGCAGGACAGUUCAGCCUGAACAGUCCCCCUCCCACUCGGCCUUACAUGCAGGGCCUUCACCAGCCUGUUGGGGCCGCUGUCGUGCACUUCACCCCUGGCCUCCCAGGCUGGUUCUGCCGGGCCCCGGUGCUGCUCUCCGGGUCGGGUGGGAAGAGGCUAGAGGGAGCCAGGAGCACUGGCUUUGCCCUGAGGACUUUGGGCACAAGAACGCGGGCCCCUCCCAUCCCAGCACUGUCUUUUGCACUUCUCUGGUGGCCCAAAUGUGAGUCGCUGUACAAAACGCUGCCUUUAUUAUUUUGUAAGAAAUGACUUUUCUGUGAACCAAGUGCUUAUAAAAAUCUCAGCAACUAAAAUAAAGUUCUCUAUUUUAAAAGAG